AUGCACGUUGCAGUUCAGUUCAUCACCCCCGCAAACUCGUGGCGAUCAGGAGUCUGGGGUAGCUACGAUACCGUAAGACACUAUGUCGACGCGAAGCUCGAAAGUCACAAAGAAAUCGAGGCUGAGUCGGACAGCGAUCAGCUGCGACCGUUGCAAGUCGAGGAAGACAAAGGUGAGGCUUGCGACCCAGUCAUACUCAGGCAUUUACUAAGCAAUCUGCAGUGCAACAAACCUGAUGCCGAUGGCCCGUGUGAUUACUGCCGCAGCAUCGAUGAGGUUUGCUCAGUGGACAUGGAGAAACGGCGGCAAAAGCCCUUCUACUUCGUCUCCGAAGAAGAAUAUCGUCUCUUGCGCGAGCUUUGUAGUAGAUGCUUCCCAGACGAAGAGUUGACGAUACCGAAUCUACGCCGAUUAAUCGACGACAACCAAAAACCGGUGACCAAGGCACAGACUAACAUCGCAACGCCGACAAUGUCAUUGAUUGAAGUAUCGGCAGAUGCACCCCUCAUAGACUGUGGAGAUGAGCCAAUCGAUCAAGGACAGGUCUUGUUGGAUGCUGUAGAUGAGACUCAAGUUGACGAAGAGGAGAUACUAUUGCCAGAGAUUGUCAAUCUACACCAAGACCUGGGUUGUCUUCUAGCCGACACUCAUGGGGAGUAUCGGUAUAUGGGAGCAGAGUCAGGCGUCAGCUUCAACAGCGCCGUGAGGUCAUGGAUGUUGAGAAUGGGUGCAGGGACGAGAAGCAAGGACAAGGACAAGGACAAGAUACCUGGAAUGCUCAAAGUCAGUCCGCCAUCAGUCAAGUCUCCUUUGACGGAUGUGGCAUCGUCGCCUGGGAAUCCAUGCCAGUUUCCGUCGCAAGAUUUACUAUCAGCCUGUGCAGCUCGCUUCUUUGAGCAGGUCCACUGCUUGUAUUGGAUAUACUCUGCCGAAUCAUUCUACACCCGACUCGAGACGACAUAUUCUGGGGAUGCUGGACAGCUCACUGCUUCGUGGCUUUGUUCACUUCAUGGAAUAGUAGCGUUAUGCGCCUCGUGUGAGCCUUCGCCUAAUGGUUUAGUCAACGGACAGAGAGCCCACGACUCACUGGAGAUGGCCAAGUCUCUGGUGACCAGAGUUUGCGAUGAAGCAGAUCUUGACAGUGUCAGAGCAUUGAUAGUCUUGUCUCUGGCAUUCCAGUCCAAUGGCUUCACUAACUCCGCAUAUCUUUACAUCGGUCUCGCCGUUCGCAUCGCCUUCUCUCUCGGCCUUCAUCUCGACAAGUACUCCACAAAGAGCGGCGUUGUUGUCAGUCCAGGCUCACACACGCCGAACGGAUAUCUCGAGCAGUGUAUACGUCUCGCUCAGAUAACACAGAGUAUACGGCAGAACCUCUAUGAUGGACCUGUUCAUGGUGGACAAAGGCUAUCGAGGUCUCACUUCAACGAUUCUAUUAGUGCACUACAGGACUGGCUAGAUCACGUACCGCCACAUCUCCAGCUCUCACCCUCAGUAUCAUUGUCCUACAGACGGUCUAUAUCUCUUCUUCAUCUUCGCUACUGGAGCACCAUGAUGCUCGUCACUAAACCCUUCCUUCUAUGCAAUCUGUUACGGGGCAUCGAGCAUGUUGAGACAGUCAAGCAACCGAUAUUCGCCGCACUAGCGAGAACUUGUGUGUCUGCCGCCGAAUCAUCAUUUGAGAUCCUGGAAAGCAUGGUCCUUCACAAAGUAGCCUCCAGUCUGGUCAUGGCCGAUUAUCUCUUCGCCUUACAAGCACUUCAAGUCAUUGUUGCUGCGUGCGGACUGUAUCACAUGGACGGACACCAAGCUCGGGCAAAGCAGUGUCUGCGAAUCCUCCUGGCUAUCAGCGUAUCUGGCUACCCAAAGCAUCUCAUUCCGGAGACACUAUUCCAGCUACAGCAGUGUGGACUUGCUGAAGGUGUCGAAGAAACAUCAAAUAUCGCAUUACAACCAUCUGAACCUCUGGGAUAUCCCCAGAUGGUGACUGAGCCUCUGCAACGGAUUUCCCUAGAUCAAAGCACAGAUCAACUAGCGAUGACUUGGUUGAACGAGCUCGACAUGGCAGAUAUCGUUAUUGACAACGGAUUUCUCGAUAAUCUGAUGGACAUCUCUUCGAUCUUCCCUUUUGGCUCAUCAUGA